AUGGGAGAGCAAGGAGGCAAGAAUCGUGAGAAUUUUGACGGCGUUGAUUACCUAUCUCGGCUUCCGACCGAACUAUGGCGCAAAAUCCUCCAAUCUACCUAUCCUUCUGUGCACGAGCCUGCGGCGAUGGAUCCAUAUGAAUUCUGUCGAGGGUGGAACCUUUCAUCCACGAAAGAGGAUCCUGUGAAUUACCAACCUUAUCGAGCGCAACUACGACUAGUUUGCAAACGCUUGGAGCCACUCGCCGUUGAGCUUCUCUUUACAGACGUUGCGUUGCAGAGAAACCAAACCCAUCUGGAAUCAUUUCUCUAUAUGGCUACCAUAGGCACUCAUCCCCCUGGUUAUUAUACUCGACGUUUGACUUUGAGCACUCCAAACGUCUCGUCCGACACAAUAGAUGAGUGCGUGAAACCUCUAGACAAGAUUGCUAUACUCCUUCCCAAUCUCGUUACCUUGGUUCUUAUUUCGGACAGUGAAGACGCUGAGGACCCUUCGUACGUCGGAUGGAUCCGCAAUCUCCGCCAUAUCUACUGGUUCGUCAACGAAUAUGCACCCAAGACUAUAACUCAGAUUCUUACCCAAAACUCCGAGCUCGAGACACUGAUUCUCGACUGUCAACCUUGGGAUACCGUUGAGACAUCGAGCUCUCCAAUCUAUCAUACACACUUGAAGCGCGCUAGCGUUGAGUCUAUCGCACCUGGCCAACUCUUUACAACCCUUCCACCGACACUCGAGUGGCUCUCUUUAUACCUCCCAUCUUGUUGGAAAUUCGAUCCCUUGCUUUUCAGCACAGCCAGGAUAACGCUCCUCGACAUAUAUUUACCCUCGGUGAUCGAUUCACUGACCCCGACUAUGGAUAUUAUCUUCGAAGUUCUCUACGCCUGCCCGCUGCUGCAAACGGUGUCAACAUACCCAAUUCCCUGUGGGGAUGGACCAGUCAAAUACUAUGGUCCCCACCCUUCACUUAAAAAUCUCGUUAUCACUUCGCUCGAGAUCUACCUCCUUGACCUCCUGAAGCAAUGGGGGUUUAAAGCCGGCGGAUGGGAGUAUCCUCGCUUUGAAAUGGUAUUGAUUCGCUGCUAUUAUAGUGGAUGUCAUACUAUAAACGAGCCCAACGUCAUAUAUACCAAUCUGCUCUCACGCCUCGACGAGGAGGGCCGUACGAAGAGCAGGUUCGUGGUCGAGCGUGCGACCGAAAAAACAAACGAGCAACUGUAA